CGCCCCUGUUACCGUGGGAAACGACCCGGGACCCGGGAGGGAGCGAAGUCGUUUCCCGCCGGCGGGAGCUGCGGUUGCGGCCGUCAGAGGCUUAGGGUCGGUGGGGCUCAAGGCUGCAGCACCAUGGCAGACCAGCUUUAUCUGGAAAACAUAGACGAGUUCGUCACAGACCAGAACAAGAUCGUGACAUACAAAUGGCUGAGCUACACACUAGGGGUUCAUGUUAAUCAGGCAAAACAGAUGCUGUAUGAUUAUGUUGAAAGGAAAAGGAAGGAAAAUUCAGGAGCCCAACUGCAUGUCACUUAUUUGGUGUCUGGCAGUCUUAUUCAGAAUGGACAUUCUUGCCACAAGGUUGCAGUAGUGAGAGAAGAUAAAUUGGAAGCAGUGAAGUCCAAGCUAGCUGUGACUGCCAGCAUCCAUGUGUACAGCAUCCAGAAAGCUAUGCUAAAGGACAGUGGGCCUCUGUUCAAUACCGACUAUGACAUCCUUAAAAGCAACUUGCAGAACUGCAGCAAGUAUAGUGCCAUUCAGUGUGCAGCUGCAGUCCCUAGACCUCCUGCAGAAUCUUCCUCUUCCAGGAAGUUUGAGCAGUCAGGUCCUGAGGUGUCCACUGAGACACAAGUCAAUAACGAGGUGACCACCAAUGGACAUAGCCCACCUGCCUCUAAACAGGUUCCUCAGCAACCCAAAGGAAUUAUGGGAAUGUUUGCUGCCAAAGCUGCCGCUAAAACCCAAGUUCCCAACAAGGAAACCAAAACAGAGGUUAAGGAAGUAACAAAUGUGUCUACAGCAGGCAGCAAAGCACCAGGAAAGGGGAACGUGAUGAGCAAUUUUUUUGGAAAAGCUGCUAUGAAUAAACUUAAAGUCAAUUUGGAUUCAGAACAAGCAGUGAAAGAAGAAAAAGCAGUGCAGCAACCUCCAGUGCCUGUCACUGAAGCCAAGUUGGCAGCUCCCACUGGCCUGAAGAAACCGAGCAAAAAAGCAGAACCUGUUAAGAUGCAGCAGAAGGAAAAAAAAUGGGGGAAGCGAGUAGAGUUAUCUGACGAUGAAAUAAAGGAAACUGAAGGCAUGAAGAAAAAGAGGAGAAGGAUCAAACUUCCUCAGUCUGAUAGCAGUGAAGAUGAAGUCUUCCCAGACUCUCCUGGUACUUAUGAAGCGGAGUCACCACCCCCUCCUCCUCCUGUGUCUUCAUCUCCUAAUCCAGUACCAAAGACUGAGCCUGAGCCUCCUGUCAAGAGCUCAAAUGGAGAAAACAAAAGAAAACGAAAGCGUGUACUGAAAUCUAAAACCUUUGUGGAUGAUGACAACUGUAUAGUGACUGAAAAAGUCUUUGAGAGUGAGUCUUGCACAGAUAGUGAAGAGGACAUUAAGACGAAGACAUCCUCUGUGCACAGGCCUCCUGCCAUGACUGUGAAAAAAGAGCCCAAAGAGGAACAGAAGGGCCCCAAGAAAGGGGCUGCUCUGGGCAAAGCUAGCAGACAAGUGUCCAUCACUGGCUUCUUCCAGAGGAAAUGAACAACCAUCUCUGCCAGUCAGGGACGUGGAAUGGUCAGAGGACAAGACCAAGAAGACUCUCACUUACUGUAUAAGUUCACCUAGCUCCUCGCCUCACCUGAAUCAAGACUGUUCUUCCAUCUGUGAGGCUUAUAUAUUUCUUGUUUUUGACCAAAGAGUCACCUGGAAAUAGGAGGCAAAAGAAUAUUUAAAAAGUUGUUACCUUCUAAAGACUUUUGUGUGUGCUGGUCCCAGG